AUCCACCAAACGCACCUACAGUCUGACUGCACAGACUGCCUUCUCCGUGUUCCUGCAGCCAGAGGCAUGACCUAGCACCCCGAUGACCACUCUCAGGGCCCUUGAGUGACUGGCCAGUGCACCAUGGAACUUAAAGUAUGGGUGGAUGGAGUUCAGAGGAUUGUUUGUGGGGUCACCGAAGUCACAACUUGCCAGGAGGUUGUCAUAGCCUUAGCUCAAGCAAUAGGUCGAACUGGAAGGUACACCCUUAUAGAAAAAUGGAGAGAUACUGAAAGACACUUAGCACCUCAUGAAAAUCCUAUUAUAUCCUUAAACAAAUGGGGGCAGUAUGCUAGCGAUGUGCAGCUCAUUCUACGGCGUACUGGGCCAUCUCUCAGCGAGCGGCCUACUUCAGAUAGUGUGGCUCGAAUUCCUGAAAGAACUUUAUAUAGGCAGAGUCUGCCCCCCUUAGCCAAGCUGAGGCCUCAGAUUGACAAAUCAAUCAAAAGGAGAGAGCCUAAAAGGAAAUCAUUAACAUUCACAGGAGGUGCCAAAGGAUUAAUGGACAUUUUUGGAAAAGGCAAAGAAACUGAGUUUAAGCAAAAGGUGCUGAAUAACUGCAAAACAACAGCAGAUGAGUUGAAGAAGCUGAUCCGUCUGCAGACAGAAAAGCUUCAAUCCCUUGAGAAACAGUUGGAAUCUAAUGAAAUAGAAAUACGAUUUUGGGAGCAAAAAUAUAACUCUAACCUUGAAGAGGAAAUUGUCCGCCUAGAGCAAAAGAUCAAAAGAAAUGAUGUAGAAAUUGAAGAGGAGGAAUUUUGGGAAAAUGAAUUACAGAUUGAACAGGAAAAUGAAAAACAGCUGAAGGAUCAACUUCAAGAAAUAAGACAGAAGAUCACAGAAUGUGAAAGCAAACUAAAGGACUAUUUGGCCCAAAUCCAGACUAUGGAGAGUGGUCUUGAAGCCGAAAAAUUGCAACGGGAAGUUCAGGAGGCACAGAUCAAUGAGGAAGAGGUUAAAGGAAAGAUAGGUAAAGUCAGAGGGGAGAUUGACCUUCAAGGCCAACGGACUCUGAGAUUGGAAAACGGCAUUAAAGCUGUGGAAAGAUCGCUCGGACAAGCCACCAAACGAUUACAGGAUAAAGAACAGGAACUGGAGCAGUUGACUAAAGAGCUGCGGCAAGUCAAUCUCCAGCAGUUUAUUCAGCAGACAGGGACAAAAGUUACGGUUUUGCCAGCCGAGCCCAUUGAAGUAGAGGCCUCACCUGCAGACAUAGAAAGAGAGGCACCAUUCCAAUCUGGGUCCCUGAAGCGACCCGGUUCUUCUCGGCAGCUCCCCAGUAAUCUCCGUAUUCUUCAGAAUCCUAUCUCAUCCGGUUUUAAUCCUGAAGGCAUCUAUGUAUGACAUUAUCUGUCUGUAGCGGGGAGACCCAACAAAGGAGGAGUUGAGUUGCUGCAGCUUUAAACAGAAAAUUGCCAUGUUCACUCGUUGUGGACACAAAAAUAUGCUUUUAGUACUGCUUUGCUUAUGUAUAAAUAAUCUGUAAUAUGUAUUAUGUAAUUAUUCUUUUCUUUGACUCUCAUUUCAAAUGUAUAUUUUCUGAUUAUCAUGAGCUGUAAAACAAAGGAUCAAUAUUGGACAUUCUCCCAAAUAAUAAAUUUUCAGGAUUCAUUGAGGUA